UCUUCCUUGAAGCAUUCUUGUUUUUAAUGAUCUGAGCACUAAUGGAGAUUUCUGAAGCCAACUUUUCAAAUGUCUGCUCUAUUAUAUCUUAUGCUGUUACCAUUGUGCUCAUGACACUAUUCAUUGCUGUAGCGGUUGUUGUCUGAAUCUACAUUUUUAAAUCAGACCCAACAGAACAAAUACCGGGACCUUUUGAGUGACUUUUUGUUGGCUUCAACAUGAAUAAGAAAGCUGGAUACUUCUACACAACUUUGUUUUUAAUGAGGAGAAGCAUUCUAGCUGUUUCAGUAACUCUGAUAUCUCAAAAAUAUGUGCAAUUAUGAGUGUAUUUUUGGACAAAUCUGGCCCAUUUGAUGUUUAUUUGAGUGUGGAAACCCUUCGAAGAAUCCAUUGAUAAUUUAAUCUAUGCAAUCACAGACUUGAGCAUCUGUAUUCUGACAGUUCUGUAUUUCUGCUUCAUUUCAAGCGGAGUCAAUCUAGAAAUAAGUUCUUCUGGCUUACAAAUCAUUACCGAUGUAAUCUGAUACACAAUCUUAGCUACCAACUUGCUCAUCAGUCUGAUUUAUUUGCUUGUCUCUAUAUAAAAACAAUAGUAAGGAAGAUAUCAGCAUGGAAGAAGGAUAGAAAAUACAAAUUGAAGAAGAUAGAAGUUAACCCAAAGGAGAUUAAGAAGAUUUCAAAUACAUCUGAAGUGAAGUCUUCAGUCAAUCUAGUCCAGAAGAAAUCGGACAAUACAACUUCACUCAAUGAAGGGCAAAGCUCUAUCAUAAAUAAAAAGGAAAGUAUAAAUUUUUCAGGCCACCCUCCAAAACACCUAAUCAACUUAAAAUAUGAAGAAUCCAAAACCCCACCAAAGCGUCAGCUCAGCCCCUAUUAAGUUCCUUUAAUCCAAUAUCUCACCAAAUACCCAUUU